AUGAAAUCAAAUGUGAUUUUCAAUGUUCCAAACUCUGUUGGAUAUCUCAGAAUUAUUCUCCUAGUCCUGUCUGUCUUUGCACCUGGCAGAGGAUUUGUUGUCUUGUAUAGUCUUUCGUCCCUCCUUGACAUCUUUGAUGGGCACCUUGCAAGAAUGUUUGGCCAAUGCACAUUGCUAGGAUCAUGCCUAGACAUGAUAACCGAUCGGACCUCUACCGUCGUGAUCUCCCUUCACAUAAUCCACAAGAGGCCUGAAUUCCUCCAGCUCCUAGUUUUGUACAUAGUACUCGAUCUUGUUUCUCAUUUCAUAUACUUCCACAUGUCGGCGCUGUCUGGGAAACACCACAAAGGAACAGACAAUAAAAUCCUGAGGACCUACUACGACAGGCGGGUCCUGGGGCCUAUAUGUCUACUGAGCGAGGUGUUCUUUAUGUAUGUCUACUGCUUCUCCAACAGAGGAAUCCUUUUCUAUACUCUCGCAGGAAUUGUUGCAACCAAAACAAUAUUCCAUCUUGCCCAGCUUUUUGAAGCAAUUUCAGCCAUAAGCAACAUUCAUUCCAAUGGGAAGUGA